AUGCGUUACGUUGCAGCUUACCUUCUAGCAGUCCUUGGUGGCAAUGAGUCUCCCACAUCAAAGGACUUGAAAAAGAUCCUCGACAGCGUUGGCAUUGAGACGGACGAUGAGCGCAUGAACAAGGUUAUUAGUGAGCUGAAUGGCAAAAACAUUGAGGAUGUCAUUGCUCAGGGUAAGUGGAGUGUCUGA